AGCACGAGAGGAAGCGGCGGAGGGGUUUUUUUUUUUUCUCUUUUUUUUAAAAAAUUUUUUUGGUCGGGUUUCAAAAGACGAAUUAACGCGCGGUAAAACAUGAGUCCCGGAGCCAGCGAGAAGCCCAAGGUGAACCACGUGCGGAAGGGCAUCAGGGCCAUUCUGCUGGGCCCGCCCGGGGCAGGGAAAGGCACACAGGCUCAUAGACUUGCUGACCACUACGAUGUCUGUCACUUAGCGACAGGUGACAUGCUACGAGCCAUGGUAGCAACAGGAUCAGAAUUGGGUCAGAAGUUAAAGGAAACAAUGGACACAGGAAAAUUGGUCAGCGAUGAGAUGGUGGUUGAAUUGAUUGAUAAAAACUUGGACACCCCGGCCUGCCGAAAUGGAUUUCUGUUGGAUGGAUUUCCACGCACUGUGAAUCAGGCACAGAUUUUUGAAAAACAAUUGGAAAAGCGAUCCGAGAAGCUCGACUCUGUGCUAGAGUUUAAGAUCGAUGAUAACUUAUUGAUAACCAGGAUCUAUGGCAGGCUGAUUCACCAGGCAAGUGGACGCAGUUACCAUGAAUUGUACAACCCGCCCAAGACGCCAAUGAAAGAUGAUGUAACCGGCGAACCUUUGAUAAAACGCUCAGAUGACAAUGCAGAAACGCUAAAAUCUCGUCUUGUUGCUUACCAUACCCAAACCAAACCUCUGAUUUCUUAUUACCAAAAGAAAGGGCUUCAUACAGCUAUUGAUGCCACACAGCCUCCUGAUGUUGUUUUUUCUACCAUUCUAGCUGCCUUCAGUGGAGUCGCAUCUGAGAAGUGGAGGCUUGGUCUGUUCUGAGCGAGAUGACCUUUCUAUCUUCAUCCUUACUGGAACUGCCUGGAUAAUCUCCCCCUCAAACUGUCUUCAAGGACUGUAUGAUUGUUAACCAUAUUGAAUUUAUGUAAACACUAUAUUUUCUUUUAAAGAAAUUAGAAUAAUAAAAGCAAAAUAAAAAAUGGCAAAUGAAACAAGAAUAAAGAUGGAGAGAAACAGCUGGUCAGACAGCAUAAGUGGAGAUUGCAAACUGUUGACAUUUUGGAUAAAUUUGAAGUGUUGGCUAUUUAAUUUCAACCUAGAUGAUGACUUACCUGUGUAUUUCUAGCUUUUUAUAUUUUUGUUUCUUUAAAAGAAAACUUGCCUUUCUCCCUUCCCCAUUUUGUUUUAGUAACUUGGAGUAGUUAAGUAUUUGUAAAAGCUAAUCUACAUGACACAUUAUACUAAAAUCUCCAAUUUUUAUUUUUAUGGCAUGUCAACAGCAUUAGAUUGCUUUUAGUGCCCUGUUCUGAGGGUCUGGGGUCCUCUAGGCACCCAACAUCCCUGAGUAGUUCUCUCAUUUUCACGUUAUCUUAUUCAACUGUGCAACUGCAAAUCUAGUGUCCAGUUAAGAUUGUAAAUUGUAUCUGAUUUUGGUAGGUCUGAAGGAGAAAAAUCACUUCUGGCAUAAAUGCAACUUUAACUGCAUUUGGGGGGUCUGUUUCUAAAAUAUAAACUUCUACUCUACUAAUUAAUGUAUCCUGUUCCAAAACUGAGAAUAUUAUAUUUUUCUGUAAUUUUAAAGAGAAGAUCUUUUGAAAAUUUUGCUCUGCUCUGCUUUGUAAAAGAGUCAAAAUAAAAGCGAACCAAUGAAGCUCA